AUGAGUGACACUGUGGAGCCGUCAUUUGGCAAAAUAAAAGGCUACACGAAGUGGGUGAGGAAGGAUCGUAUCGGCAGGGCAGGUGGAGGUGUGGCUGUUUGCUUUAAAAAUGGCCUCCAGACCCAGGAACUGUCAGUAGACCUUCCUCAGCAAAUGGAAGCACUUUUCUUCCGAAUAGUGCUGACUGACAACAGUGGCUUGCUGCUCUGUGUACUAUAUCGCCCCCCCAGGCAAGGCCGAUUCUCGCUUGACUUCCUGGCGGAGGAGAUGGACAACUUGCUCCAACGCCACGGCUGCAAGAACGUCCUCAUCGUGGGAGAUCUAAAUUUCCAUCUCGAGCAGCAAGCUUACAACAACUUAGUGACAGUGUCCGGCCUCACCAACCACGUCACAUUUCAGACCCACGAAAGAGGAGGCCUGCUCGACCCAGUAUUAUCAGACCUCCCGGAAGAAAGAAUAUUGUGUCAGCAGCUGGAUAAAGUGGGUAGUUCGGACCACCACGCCGUACUGACGAAGAUCCAGCUACAUGUGGCGAGGGAAAAAGCUGCACCUCGAACCAUCUGGCUAUGGGAGCAAGCUAGCUGGCGUGACAUGAGGGGCGCACUGACAGCCACAGACUGGCAGACGGUGCUCACGGGAGACGCGGAGGAGAUGACUAACGCUCUCACCUCAAUCCUGGCCACACUACAGGACCGCCACGUCCCUCACCGCACAUACCUCGCCAAGGCCACAAACCCCCAAUGGUUUGGCUUCCGCUGUCAGAUAGCUGCCGAAGCCAAGUAUGCAGCAUGGAGGAGAUACAAGCAGCGCCCGUCACAACACAACCUCACCAUGCACCGAGCUGCUUGUAAGAGAAUGACUGACACCUCCAAGUGGGCGAGGAAACACUGGGAGCAAGACCUCAGGAGAAAGCUCACAGGCCCAGGAGUUGGAGAUAAGACGUGGUGGACACUGGUCAAGGAGAGGCAGGGUGUGAUGCGGCAGGAGAGCGUGCCCCCCCUCACCAGGCAGGACGGAACCACUGCCUCAAGCAGUGAUGACAAGGCUGCACUCCUGGCAAAAUUAUUUGCAGAAAAAAUGCAGGUUGAGUGCCCCACACGCCCCCCUCCAGUGCUACCCCGGGAGACAGCGCACACCAUCACCUCAAUACCCAUCACCACGGAGCUGGUGGAAAAGCACUCGGGCAACUGGACGCAGGGAAAGCCACGGGCCCAGACGGAAUCAGCCCCCGGGUGCUGA